AUGGAUACGGGGAAGCUUCAGAUAGACUAUCUGUUGAUUCCUUGUUUUCCCGGUGCAGAAGUGUGCCUGGAAAAAUUAGAGCACUUCACUUGCGGUGGACUUUAUAACGGCAGUGAGAUGCUGUGCGCACUGUCGAAGGUAUGUAAAAACAUUAAGGAAUUGGAUGUCUAUAACUCUAAUAAUUUCGAACCCAUGGGAGG